UGGUGACGUACCAGGAAGUCCACCGUAGACCGGAUCGUCUCAUUUCGUUCAGCCUUCGCGGUAUACGGAAGACCCGGCCUCUAAAGACCGCGAAGGCUGAGCCCCUGAAUUGAGACACAGCUAUCGACUCAAACACAUUUACUGUAGUGGUGCUUGAAAGGUGGUUUCUUUUUGACAUAUUGGAACAUGGCUAACUCUGCCUGGACAGAAAAAAUACUCCAACUCCUCCGCCGAAUGAAUAACUUUUAUUUACUAGGCUCCUCUCGUGCUAACUGCUUUAGGUUUGAGAUAAACGAAGCACAAGUCGGUUGGAUUCCUCCUCGCGUUGCUUCACUGUUGACACAGUUUCCAGAGGUGUUCAGUCCGCCGCACGGUGGCGCUGUGUCACUACAUCACAGCCUCGACUCAUACGGGAAGAAAUCUGAGGCUGUGGACGCUGUCUUGCAAACAAUGAGACAAGAGCGCUCCCUAAACUGCCUUAAAGGAUGGAGGGAUGAGAAGUACAGUGUGAUGUCCAAAUUCUCUGAUCCUCCUUUGAUGUGGAUGGAAAGAGCAGCUACAAGUCUUUUUGGUGUGAGGCGGAAUGGAGUCCAUAUCAAUGGCUACACUGUCAGUGACGGUGGGGAAGUCAGCAUGUGGCUGGCACGUCGCUCCCCUACUAAGCAGACGUACCCUGGACUACUGGACAAUAUGGCAGCAGGUGGUCUGGCUGCUGGUGUUGACAUCAGACACACUAUGGUCAAAGAAUGUCUGGAGGAAGCAUGUAUCCCAGCAGCCAUUGCUGAGAAGGCUCGUCCUGUAACUACAGUAAGCUACACCUACGAGGUUGAAGACGGGGUGUGUGCAGAAAGUCAGUUUGUCUUUGAUUUGAAACUUCCUCUGGGGUUCAAGCCCAGAGUAGGGGAUGGAGAGGUUCAGGAGUUCUACCUGCUGCCAAUAGAGAAAGUGAAGGAACUGCUGGCCACUGAAGACUUCAAACCCAACUGUGCCAUGGUGGUGUUGGACUUCCUCAUUCGACACUCGUUUAUUGAUCCAGACACAGAGCCAUGCUAUCAGGAACUUGUGGCAGGACUCCAUCAGACAAUAUAGAGUGGAGCUGACUGAGCCCGUCGUCAGAGGCCGAGACACGGACAUUGUUUAACAUUUAUUCCAAGAGCGCAUAUUAAUAAUAAAAACCUGUUUCUAAAUGUG